UUUAAUAAAAUUGUGAAGUGCGAAUUAGGAGAUGGCUGAGUUUUAAGUUUGGCUUCGUGAAUUUAAGUUUUGACAGACCGAUGCUUCGUAAAAACGGUAUUUAUUUAGAGGCGUAUGCGUUCGAGAGGCGUUUGAUGAAUUUUUUUACUGGGAAGGCAGAUAGUAGAGACGUGUAUUUAAUCGAGAAAAGCGGUCGCAUACGGCUUGCCAGUGUAGUAACAUUUUUUGGCGUUUCCACGAAUUUUGUUCUCAGUCUUUGACGAAUCUUGACAAUUGAAGGAUUCCGAAGCAGCCAUGGGAGAGAACGAGAAAGAAUUUGUCCUGCAAUGGGAUGGACAUGCAGGAUAUGUUACAGAACGAUUUAGCGGAUUGUUAGCACGGCAAUCUCUCGUCGAUGUGACACUUAUUUGCGAGGAGCAAAAAUUGCGAGUCCAUAAGCUGGUUUUAGCAUCAUGCAGUUUGUAUUUCGAGGAAAUGUUGGAGCAAGAUCUUGGACAAGAGCCAAUCAUAGUUCUCAAAGACUUGAACUUUGAGGUAUUAAAAGCGAUGGUCGAGUUUAUGUACUGCGGUGAAACUACCAUCUCUCAAAAAUAUUUACCCUCUCUACUCAUAGCAGCAAGACUUUUCAAAGUAAAUGAAUUAGAAUUUAUAGCCAAGCAGAUCUCCGAAUCCCAAGAAGUCACCGAGGAUGGUUCUAACAGCGAUAAGGGAUUCGAGGAGGACAGUGAAUGUUCAGAAUAUAACAAUAAGUUAGUGGAAGUCGACAGCGAUUGCGAAGAAAUAAUUCCCGACACACAGAACAACAAUCAACUUCAUCAUUUCGAUGAAAAAGACAUUAGUGAUACCGAGUCCGAAAAGGGCCCUUCAGUGGAAUGCUGUAGUGUAAGCAAUGAUUCGGAGCAAGAAUUCGAACACACACUCUACGAGGAUUCCAGCAUUACGAAUGAAACCCAAAAUCUACCCGAAGCGCUCCGAAUUUCUCCCACUAAUUCCUGCAGAAUGAAUGGGGCCGCAGAAGAGGAAGAGAUUGGCUGUAUCUCUAAACUCAUGCAAAGAGAUCAAUCCUUGCAUUUAAGCGGAAAUGAAUCUUUGAUGGAGAAAAAGGACUGCAAUGCCCCUGAAAGCAAAACCAUGCUUUACGAACAGUGCUGUGAUUUCUCAAACGACGAUAGCAGAAAGUCACCGUCGAUACCAUGUCCUCGUCAACCAGAAGAGACUGACGAACGAUACUCGUCCGAUAGUAGCGGCGUGGAAAGCAAAGUGGGCCAGUGCUUGAAAGUUUACACCCACAAAAAGCGCAAGAGCAUAAACAAAAUAAGGAAUCACUUGCUGCAGAUCAACGAACUUCUGCCGGAAUUGCCAACUACGAAAAGCAUAGAUCUACUAAACGAUUCUUCGAGUGACGAAACGUCCCUCAAUUUGGAGAAUUCCGAGUACGUUUCGAAUCUAACUAGCGAGAAUAUUCAAUCCAUCGUAGGCUGUACUCUGAACGAAUUCAAUAUGGUAGAUAGCGACGGCGAAAUGAACGUAUGUACCGGAUUCUUUCCCAGUAACGAUAAGAACUACGUUGUAGAUAGUCACAAAGAAAUUAGGAAAGUAGAAGACUUCUUUGCGGGAUUCGAGAACGAUCGUUUGACUAAGCCGCCAAUUCUUCGAAGAAGCGUGCGUUUGAGUCAGCAAGAGUCCGAGGAAUCAACCGAGGACAAUCUUUUCGCCCUGGCGAAAACGAAGACACACAAAAUUCGAAUUAUCGACAGGGAUCGUUCGGUGAACAAUGUGAACAUAUUUGCCAAGAGAAAACGCAAGCGACACUCGGAGCGCCGAGUUCAAGAUAUUAGAACGACUCCCACACAAAACAGAAAACACGCUCGACCUCUACGCAGAACAUCCAAGCUUGCCAAGUACAGAUCUAAAACACGACUGUCGCCCAAACUUGAAAAGGAGAAGUUGAAAACUUUGGAGAAGUCGAAGGAGGAGAAACCGGCGAGAGAUGAAGUAGAAAAUCACAGACCGAAGGCAGUACAGUUGAAUACAAUAGCGACUGUGAAUCGAGCAUUGUGGGGAGACAUGACGGAUGUAUCCGAGGAAAGUAAUAUCAAGGAUCUGGAAGAAUGUUCGCCAAGCAUGGAAAUUCCAUUUGCAGUUGGUUUACUGCCUUUGCGAGCGGCGCUUGAAAAAAUGCAGGCGAUGCCCGAUUACCAACCGAGGAAAACAAGAUCAUCAGUCGCCCCUAUUAAGCAGGAUGUUGCUAAUUUAAAGCGGAAGAACAACCAUUUAGAAAUAACUAAUGGCACGAAAAAGCACGUCAGCAGCGAGAGUAUAGUUAAGGAAAAUGCCAAGACUGUUUGUCACAUUGAAAUUAGAACUGCCGCGCAAUGCGCUCGAAGCAGAAAGAGGUCAUUAUCGGAUAGUUCUAGCGCGCAAACAACUGCCGUGACAGAUAGGCAAUAGCGCGUUCAUUUCGUAUAAUAUCCUUCAUUUUCAAUUUUUCGCAUAUUCAAGUGCAGAACGCAUUUCGGACUUGUUUUCCAAUCUUGAAACUUUCAUAUUUCUUGAAACUGCUCUCUUGUUGCAAUAAUGACACGAAAUUUUAUUUUAUCUAUACAUAAUAUUGUGUAAAUAUGUAAUUUUAUUGCGGAUAGUAAUUGUACAUUUUUUAGAAAUGCUCACAUUUUUUCAGACUAGGUGAAAUUCUUUAAAAUUUACACAAUAUUCCAAGAAUCAAAUUUUUUUAUGUGCGAAAAAAUAGGUUUGGGUGUUUUAACGUUUUAAAUGGAGUUUGAACAGUACUUGGGAAUUUACUCAGAAAGGAUCUAGCUGAAGUUAAAAAAUGAGAAAAUAACUUAAGUUACUUAGAACGUCUUUGGGUUAAUAUUAAGGAUGUUUACUGGCUCUUUCAUCUCAAACUUUUAAAAUAGCUUAUAAAAUCGAUGAAAUUAGAAACAUUAGAAAAUGCAACAUCUUUCAAAUAUUAUCUGAAAUUCUACUCGGUUAAAUUUUAUUUUUAAAAAGCUAGCUAUUUUGCUGAGCCAUUUGUUUCAUGCAAAUUUAACUGUGUUUUAAUAAGAGCAAUUCAAAUAGAACUAAUUGUUAUUAGUAAGAAAAACCCUUAUUUAAUCGACUUCUUCCAGACUUUAUUCGGUAAUUUUAUACAUUACAUGACGUUUCGGAAUCUGACUGAUUCCCUCAUCAGAUAUCUUAAAUCAUUAUGUGGAAGUUUAUAAAUUGAAAUCGAAAAUUUUUGAGUCGUUAAUUUUAUAGUAAGAUGGAGACGGAGGGUGCACACCCUGUCAUCCUUUUAAUUUUAUUAUUUAACGACUCAAAAAUUUUCGAUUUCAAUUUAUAAACUUCUACAUAAUGACUUAAGAUAUCUGAUGAGGGAAUCGGUCUGAUUCCGAAACGUCAUGUAAUGUAUAAAAUUACCGAAUAAACAGUUUGGAAGAAGUCGAUUAAAUAAGGUUUUUCCUUAAUAAUAAUAAUUGGUUGUUUCCCAGACGUUAAAUUAAGAAAUUUUACGUCCCGAAAUUCUUUACAUAAUCAAAUAGAACUGUAGUACAUCAAAGGAUAAAUGAUUUCUUUCUAAAUCGAAAGAAAAAAAUACAAAAUCUGAAAGGUAUUUAAAAAUGCGUAACGCCUUCACGAAGGAAGUGGUAUCAGUAAAAGUCAUUGUUCCUAAAUAGGAACUUUGAAUAUUCUAUCUAUCCGAAAAGUCAGGGAAUUUUGAAAAUGUAGUUUUUCAGCCACCCUGAAAAUAGCAAUUGAAUGAUAAAAUGAGUGUUUUUUUUCAUUCUGAAUGGAUGUUAGAUUUUUCUUUCAAAAUUUGUUAUAUUUAACAAUAUCUAUGUCGAUUUUAUAAACUAUUUGAAAGAUAAUUUAAUGUUGAGGCGAGAGAGCUAUUGAUUUAUAAUUAAGUUUCGAAGUCUGGGUUAAUAAUAACGAAGGAGUACUGCAAAAGUCAAUUCAGUAGUAACAUUUUCAGUAACUUCAUUACUUGUAACGAGUUAUUCCCCAUUGCUGGAUUUGACUAAUUCGAAAAUGAACUAAUAUCCUUUAUGUGAAAAUCUGUGAUUUCAAUUUUUUGCAAAAUCCACUAGAUUAGGUGAGCCCAGUGUGUGGGUCCUGAAUUUCCAAUAACGUCAGAGAACCAAAUCAAUCAAUGCAGUUUUAUUUUUAUUUUUAAAAUUAAAGAAAUUUAGGCACUUGGUUGAUUUUGUUAUGCUUGCAUUAUUUCUGAAAUGCAUUUCUCGUUUUUUUUCUUUUUUUUUUGUUGCUAAUUCGUAAUUUAAUUCCUAAUUUCAUUUGUACUCUUAUUUGCAAAGAUCGAGAUUCCCAGUUAGCUCAAAUACAUAAGUUAUGCAUAUUGCAUAUAAAAUAGUCGUAUUAAUAUUGAGACAAGGGAAAGAUAAUCCUUCGAUCAUAUUCUGUAGGAAAAUAUUUAUAUCCAAUGAAAAACGUUAAGCUCUGUCGUCGGUAAUGUGAUCUUCACAUGCAAUAACUUUUGAUAUUUUUAAAUAUGUUGUGUGUAAUUAAUUGCGUAAUUCCACAAAAUGUAAUUAGAACGGUUUCGUAAAACUGUAAUGCAACGUGCAGUGUUAGUCGAUCAUUGACUCAAAACUUGAUUAAGAAUUUCGUACUUUGCCGAUCAAACAAAAUGAUAAAUAAAUUGAUAUUCCACGCAAUCAGGUAAUAGUGUUCAUAAUCUAAAAGUCUGAACUUUGCAUCUCCAAACAUUGGCAUAAUUUAAAGCUUUUGGGAUAAAUUUGUACUUUAGCAGGUCCUUGCGAUGUUAUUGUUACAUAGAUUUUAUGAAAGCUAAUACGUUAUAUAAGGCAACCGAUUGUUAAGCAUUAAACACCAAUUUUUACGAACAAUUGCGUUCUUGAGUUAGCUUUGAAGUUUAAAAUAGGCUUGGAAAUAAUGUGUGAACAUACAAAUAAAGUUAGCAAAGUUAACUUCUCUCUAAGAAUUUAGAUUAAGCGUACUAAAUUUCUCGUCUGUUGAUAAGGGAUGCUACAAAUUAUGAACGGUUGCGAUGCCAUUUUACAAACAACCGCACGAUACUCUUGGCUCAGAAAAUGGUAGCUGUAUAUACGUCAAUAUUUUUUUAAAUAAAGGUUUAUAUCGAUAAAUUA